GGGGGGGGGAGGGGCCCGCUGCGUGACGUCACGGGCGCGUGCGUCUCUGCCCUGGCUCGCGGUGGCGGCGUCUCUUGGCGGCAGUGGCGGCGGUGGCGGCGGUGGCGAUGCGGCUGAAGCUGUCGAGCGCCGUGGCGGGUUGCCGCGUCGGGGAGCUCCUGUUGGGAGGGAGGAGCUUGGAGCUCCCCGCGUGCCUCCUGUACACACGCGGCGGCACGGCGCCCAACCUCACGCACGACAACCUGGAGCUGGUGGAGCCGCCGCCGCUCGCAGCCCAGGUCCCCCUCGCCUCACUGGUGGAGCAGCAGGAGGUGCUGGAGGAAUACGGGGAGGGGUUCGCAAAGUUCAUCGGUCUGCCGGACAUGCUGCUGGUGUGCACGCAGUACGACCCGGCAACCCCCACUCCACAGGGGUUCACCACCAGCAAGACCGUGUCCGUCUGGGGCAGCGGGGGCCGCGUGGAGCUCACCCCAUCGCGCUACGUGGAGCUGCAGCGAGCAGUGCGGCCCGCGUGCUACCAGGCCCCGGCAGCUGAUGACGAAGGCCCCACAGCGUCGAGUAAGCGUGAGCGGCGUGGCGUGGAUCGAACGCUCGCCUUCCUGGACGCGUGCCUGCUCGCUCACCACACUCACCCGGAGCUGAGCGGCGUGGGCGUGCUGGGCACGGUGCAGGGCGGUGCGCUGAUGUCGGAGCGCGUGCGCUCGGCGCGCUGCACCGCCACCCGCGCGGUCGCUGGCUUCCUCGUGUCGGGACUCUUCCAGCGGCAGGGCGGGGAAGGUGGGCCCGGCGCCGCCACGCGGAGCCGCAUCCUGCGCGCCGUCAUCGCCGAGCUGCCGCCAGACAAGCCGCGCAUGGUGUGUGGAGUGGGACGUCCGGACCAAGUGCUCCGCUGUGCCGCGCUCGGCGUGGACCUCUUUGAGAGCCACUUCCCCUUCCUGGUGACGGAGCGCGGCGGAGCUCUCCACUUCUCCUACGAGUGGGAGACGGGGGCAGCGCUUGGGGACGCUGCGGGCGAGGAGGGCGACGACGCCGGGGGGAGCGUGAUCCCCGAGGUGACGCAGGAGGAGGAGGAGGAUGAAGAGGAUGAAGAGGAGGAGGAUGUCCGCAUCCCCACGCGAUUCGAGAUGAACCUGCGUGAAGAGAGGUUCCGUGGCGACCUGAGCCCACUGCUGCCCGGCUGCCCCUGCUACACGUGCGCCCACCACUCGCGCGCCUACCUGCACCACCUGCUGGCCACCAGGGAGCUGCUGGCCGGGGUGCUGCUUUCCAUCCACAACGUGACGCGCUACCACGGAUUCUUCGCGGCCCUCAGGGGGGCUCUGCGACGGGGGCCCGCCGCUCUUGCACGCCUCCGGGGGGCCGUCCUCGCCGCCGCCCCUCCCCCCCCCCCUCUCCUCCUCCCCCGGAGCCCCCCCAUCCCUUUCCCCCGUGCCCCCCGCCACCUCUCACGGUUGACUCACCGCUGCCUCCACUCGCGGCGGGGGGUGGAGGGGGGGCGGUAAGGGGCAGGGGGUUGGGAGUGGGGUUAGAGGCCUGCGUGGGGCGAAAGGCUGCCGCGCUGGCUUGGGAGAUGUUGACUACCUCGUCCGGUAUGCGGGAGGUGUGUAUGAGUGUGAGAGUGAGUGGAUGGGUGAGAGUGGGUGGGCGAGUGUGAGAGUGUGAGAUUGGUUAUGUAAGCUAGGCGCCGCGGUGUUUCGGAUAUGUUAACUGCCUCGCCUGGCGUACAGGAGGUCGUGGGUUCGAUCCCGACCCUGACGCCUGCUGCUGCUGCUGCUGCAUAUUUGGAGUUUGCGCGUUAUCUCUGUCCUCCUGGUCGCGUGGAUUUUUUUCUCCAGUUUUUUUCCCUCCGCAUUAGAAAAGUGCGUUUUGAGUACCUGGCUGCGAUACAUUGCCACACGAUGAUGACAAGCCACUUGGUUGAGCUAUCGUUUGUGGACAGGCCUCUUCUGACAAAGAGCUACACAGCUCAGUUGACCUUACCUGGUAAAAUUAAAAUAACGUUUUUUUUUCCCAGCCCCCCAGCAGGCAGUGAGGUUCAGCUGCACGAUUUUUCUUCCUGUCGUGCACACGACUGUACACGGAUACGCAUACAAUAUUGCACAAUACAUUACAGGGACUCCUCUACGUAUGGACGAGUUGGGUACCAGAGGUCUGUUCGUAAGUCGAUUUGUUCUUAAGUCCAACUUUAUUACCCCUGUCAAUUCCAAACGAGUUGUACGGCGUGUCCACUAAACACAGGGAAUGGCUUUAAAAGUUGUAUAAUCUCCUGCAGAUGUAGAUGCCACUGGUUCUUCAUAUUCUGCAGAUGUAGAUGCCACUGCUUCUUCACGUUCUGUAGAUGUACAUGACACUGGUU